AUGGCUUCUGCGAUCGGUGUUAUGGCCCGCAUGCUGUUUGCAGCUGCUUUUGUGGCCGCUUCCCCUGAUCCGUUGGCGCAAUGGCUGGAUAGCCUUAAGUUCUCUUUGGAAGAUGACGUCGGCUUAUCCAUCACGCUGCAGGGCGUGGGGAUCAGCUGCACUGGACACUUUGACUAUCACGGCUUGGCCAUCGUCAGUGGCUCUGGGGACCUUAGUGCUGUGGUGAAGGGCAGCCCAACUUCCACUGCUACCGUGGCAUUGAAAGGUAUGAACUUCAACAAGAACCUCCCUUGGUCUGUCGAGGCAGCCGCCUGCGAUGCCAACCUGGAUAUCGAUCUCAAGCUCCAAGGUUCCAUCGUCUAUGAUGUGAUCAACCUCUUCUCUAAGCCCAUCUCAGCUUUGAUUAAGCACCAGGCCAUCAGCCAGGCGUGUGGGCAGCUCAAGCAGAUGGCCGCCAAUGAGCUUUCCAAGAAGCUCUCAGACUUCAAUCGCCUCAUGCUGCCACCCUCUGAGCUGUUCGUGAACUCAGUGGCCACGAGCUUUGAGGAUGGGGACAGCUGGUUCCACACCAAAGUCCACAGCUUUGAUGAUCUCAUUGAUGCCAAGCACGACGUCGCAGAUCUGAAGCACGACGCGCCCGCGGGACAUUUGAGAGUUGCUGAGUACCGACGACUUCAGGCUGAAGAGAAGAGCGGCACUGUGGAUUGGAGCCAUGAUGCAUCCUUGAGCAGCUUUAUGCUGGAAUUGCUCUUGGCUUUAUGCUGGAAUGGCUUAGGUUGGGCAGUGAAGGGCAAUGAGACGAUCGUAAUCCCUGGACCAGAGACGCCCCUGAUGACAACCACCGUGAAGCAGCCUGACGCAGGCCUUGAGUUGAAGGUGACUGCCUUCUUGAAGUCUGCCAGCAUCGAAGGAGCUGAUGGCAUGUCUGCCUUCUCUCCUGUGGAAGCUGUGGGCUCCAACGACCUGCGUUUCAAGGUGAGUUGGGGCACUGCAGAGCGUCCCGCCUUCGGCUUCGGCGUGGAUGUGAAGCUCGAGGUUGAGGCUGUGGAUUUGUCCAGCGGCAAGUCGCAAGCAUCGAUGGAGCAGGAGAUGAGCCUGCACCUUGCGGUUCUCAAGCCUUCGCUGGAAGUGCUGGGAGAAGUUCAGGUUUUGGCCAGCGAGUGGCCCGGAACUCGGAGCCUUGCACAGCUCUUGGUGGCUCCCAAAGAGUGCCUGACAAGUGUGCUCAAGCAAACACCGGCCGUCAAAUCCUUGCAGAUGAAGUUCGAAAACUUGGCGGCUCCGCUGAGCUUCAUCACUCACACUCAGGGCGCGUUGGAGAAUGCCGUCGCAAACUUGUUGAACAAUGGCGUCGGGCUCUUCAACCAGGUCUACCAGCCACUCUUGCCUGGUGCGAUCCAACGGUUUGCCGCUUGCGACAAGACGGUGCAGUCUCUCAACAAGGCACUCCAGCAACAGAUGAAACCAGGCCGAUGUAUCGAUCCUGCGCUGGCAUCGCAGCAGGUGCGAAAUGUGUUCCCCGAGCACUACAGCAAUUGGCCGCCGAUCUUCGACAAUUUCAUGCGACAGUGGAUCGACAACUUUUUCGAUGGCUUCAUCGCUCACAAUACCUCCGUGCUUGAUGGUCUUGGCAACAUGCCACAAUUGGAUGUGCCCUUGAAAGGCAAAGUGACGCUGCGUCAGCUCAUCGCGACGGGAUUGAACCAGGUCAGCGAACUUCGAGUGCUGCUGCCCUCCAGUGAGCAUCCCAGCUGGCUAGGGAACAAGGCGGUGGCCAAAUGUCCCACCGAGCAGGCACCAUACCACCCGACCUUUGCCGUGAAUGGCUCCCUCUUCGCCGGAGUCUUCGGUGGAGACGGCCUGGUGAGUUUGGAGAUGCCCUGUGGCACCAUGGAAGCGGAGCUGGACGUGGUCGUGGACUUUUGGCAACUCAUGGAUACGCAAAUCCCACCGAGUCUCACAUGCGCGUUGCUGUCACCCUUCUCCAAGAUGGACAUCAUGAAAGUCAAUGCCACCUGGGGCGGCAAUGGCCGUGUCCUGGUGCAGCCAAAGGACGGACCUGCACAGUACCCUGUGGAGCAGAUGUGCACCAUGCACCCAGAUGCGUGCAAGUACGGAGAUCAGAUGAGGGAAUGGGCCUCCACCACAGAAGGGGCCACCCGUUUGUAUCACAUGGCCCGUGACACUGUGAAGAAGCAAUGCACCAGCCCACAGCUUGCAGAGAAGGAGGACUCUGCUUUCUUCAAGGACCAGUUGGGCUACACCUACGUGACACCAGACAACCUCAUGCUCUGGUUGGGCAGUGCUUUGGUGAUCCUGGCCCUUGCAGCGACCUAUACCUUUGCUGCCACUUUGGGUCGGCUUAUGAGCACCGACACCUGUGAAUCGGCGGAUUUGAUGCCCAACACACCGUUGGCGGCUUGGACAGCCAGACCUGGAGGGUUGGGUUGCUUGCCAACUACAUCGAGUUCUUCCCUAACCAUGGAGUCGUGUACCAUCACAUUGAUGGCUGCUGGCCUGGUGGCUCGGGUUUUGGCAUGCUUUUGGUUGCCCUUUGCCGCCACUGGCGUCACCAUCGAGCAGAAGACAGGUGGCACCAUAUUCAAAAACGACACCCUCUUGCAGUAUACCUUCUUUGGUGGCUUGUCGAAGAUGAUCCGCACAUGUCAGCUUCGGGUCCAAAAUGAGCAAACAAUUUGCCAAUUUCACCUUUGUCAAUCUUCCAUGUCGAAGCUUGCGGCUCAGCCGAAGAAGCUCUCCAAACAGCGAGGCAUUGGGCAACAGUUCCUGCUGGGCGGAUCGCUCUACUGCCAGAUCUUGUGGUUCUUCAUGUCAAUGGCCUUCACUUGCCAUGCCAUCAUGCUGCUGGUUUGGCUCACCCCCUUCCUGGCCCCCUACCGCCGGAAGCUCCUCAUGGUUGCCUUGGUCUUGGGCCGCUUUGCUCUCUCGGAGGCGGAGACGACCGGCAACACUGCCAUGGUCCUGAGCAAUGAUGUAGCGUUGCCUUUGGGCAUGGUCCAGAAGUUGUACUUGGGCCUGGAGGCGGGUGCCUACACCUCCUGGGCCGCAACUGUUUUCACUGUCUUGGCCAACUUGCUGUUGCUGAAGAUCGAUGCGGGCCAUCAGCUGCUCCGAGGUGGAGGGAGGCAAGAGCUGUUUUGGCGGCGCUGCGGCGCAUUGCGGCGCUGCGAGAGCGAGACACCAUGGCCAGAUGCACCAUGCUCACCUAAAGAAUGGGCCGAAGGCAAAGCACCUCGCUAUGUGACGGCCGUGCAGGCGGUCAGCUGCGUGGCGAUGGUGGCUGGCAUUUGCGUUUGGUACUUUUGUGAUUUCAUGCACGCUGAAACUGGUGGCCUUGCGGGCGCGCUCAUCCCCCCAGCCAACUACAGCGGCAGCGGAUUGGGGAAGACGGACUUGAGCUUGCGCAUCCUCGUCAUCGUCACUGCUGGUCUUUGCCCAUUGAUGCACAUCUUGGCCUUCGCAGUGGGAUGCUCUGGAAAGUCUCCUACAGUGGCACAGGGUUUGGCUACGAUGGCCGCGUCCUUCUGCCUCUUGGACCUCUUUGCCAUUGGCUUCCUUGCAACCUUCCUUGAAGGAGUCAAUGGUUUUGCAAGCUCUGCCGUGCACGACUUUGCAAAGCCCAUGUGUGAGCUCGUCCAGGAAGCCUUGAAUCAGGACUGUUUGACCAUGACUGCCUCUGUCGUUCCAUUGGGCACCAUAGGCCUCCUAUUGGCCACUAGUGCUUGGAGUGCCCUGGUGGCGGUGCAGGUGAUGGGCUUUGGUCAGAAGCGCCGCGCAGGGGAAGUGGCGCCAGUGCAAGCCGAGCUUCGUGCCCAGCAGCCUCCAUCGUUCCAGGAAUGUGAAGAAUGUGAUGUGGACCUUUUUUUGGUGAUGCCCCGCGUGAUUUGGCUGCGUGGCCUUUCAAAGCCGCCGCAGCAAAUUCAGGUUUUCAAGAGCCUUCUACCUCAUCGAUUUCAUGAUCCCUCUUUGGUCGGUGAAUCUUGGAACGUCGAUGAAGAGCUGGGCAACUUUGUGCUUUUCUUCCGCCAUGUGAAUUCCACUCUGAUGAGCAACUGGCGAGCUGUCGGCUCUCACAUCGCCGAGCGAUCUGCAUGGGACCCUUGGUUACGUCGAGGACGCGCAGGCAACGCAGUUCGCACUCCCUGA